AUGUGUUCACAAACACGGAGUAGUACGCUUAACCUGGCUAAUCGUCCAAAUUUGCUGUUGCUAUUGAUACAGUUACCACACACGCUGCUUUCUCGCUUCGACCUCAUUUUCCUCAUCCUCGACCCGCAAGAUGAGAUUUAUGAUGCGCGUCUGGCUCGUCAUCUCGUGGGUCUCUACUAUAAAGGCACAAACAAUGAUCGCUCGCGACGUGGAGGUAUCGUAACUACUUCCGUGGAUCUGGACGAUGAGGAUCCAAUUUAUCAUGGCGAUUCCGCGGCCAUGCUGCGCGAUUAUAUUGCUUAUGCCAAGGCCAUGUACCAUCCAAAACUGAGCGAAGAAGCCAGUGAAUAUCUAGUUCGUGAAUAUGUCGAAAUGCGAAAAAUUGGUUCUAGUCGUGGACAG